AUGGUGCCGGGCCAGGCGCUGGCGUACGUGCUGCUGGCCGCCGUCGCCGCCGCCGCCGCGCUGCAGGCCUCCGUCGUCACCAAGCACGGCCAGCCCGAGCUGCAGUGGAUGGGGAUCAGCGCCCUCUACGCGCUGUUGCGUUGCCCUGGCGGCGCCUUCUGUAGGCAGGCCGGCGCCGGCGUCGCUAGCGCCGUCGCGGCCGGGCUCGCCGCCGCCCUGCUCGCCUUCCUCUCCGCCUUCAACCUCUUCAGGCUGUACGGUAGCAAGAGCUAA